CAUGUCCUACCCGCAGUUUGGAUACCCCUAUUCCUCCGCUCCCCAGUUCCUGAUGACCACCAACUCCUUGAGCACGUGCUGCGAGUCCGGUGGCCGCACACUGGCUGACUCCGGGCCUGCAGCCUCGGCCCAGGCACCCGUCUACUGCCCUGUCUACGAGAGCCGGCUGCUGGCAACUGCGCGCCACGAGCUCAAUUCAGCCGCCGCCCUCGGUGUCUACGGUAGCCCCUAUGGCAGCUCGCAGGGUUAUGGCAACUACGUGACCUAUGGCUCUGAAGCUUCUGCUUUCUACUCUCUGAACAGCUUUGAGUCCAAGGAUGGUACGGGAUCUUCACACGCUGGCCUAGCACCUGCUACAGCUGCAGCCUACUACCCUUAUGAGCCAGCUCUGGGCCAGUACCCAUAUGACAGGUACGGGACCGUGGACAGCGGCACGCGGCGCAAGAAUGCCACCCGGGAGACUACCAGCACGCUGAAAGCCUGGCUGCAGGAGCACCGCAAGAACCCGUACCCCACCAAGGGAGAGAAGAUCAUGCUGGCCAUCAUCACCAAGAUGACCCUCACGCAGGUCUCCACCUGGUUCGCCAAUGCGCGCCGCCGCCUCAAGAAGGAAAACAAGAUGACCUGGCCACCUCGAAAUAAGUGCGCAGAUGAGAAGAGGCCCUAUGGGGAGGGAGAGGAGGAGGAGGCUGGGGAAGAAGAGUCCCGGGAAGAGCCUCUCAAGAACGCCAAAAGCGAAGGUCCCGUUGGCAAAGACGACAAGGAGCUAGAACUCAGUGACCUGGAAGACUUUGACCCUCUAGAUGCAGAGACCUCAGAGUGCCAUCUGAAGACGCCCUUUCAGCCCCUGGACAGCGGGCCAGAGAGGAUUCCUGCUUCAUCCGAAGGCCCCGGCACAGGCAAGGAGGCCUCAGCCACACUCCGGAUGCCCCUGGGCACCGCAGCCAUGGAUGAGGACCUGGAGAGGGCCCGGAACUGCCUCCGGAGCACGGUGGUUGCGCCAGACUCUGGUGCAGAGGGUGGACCACAGACCUGCGAAGCCAAACUGAGCUUUGCUCCAGCGGGGGCGCCGCCUAGCCUCGAGACUAAGCCUCGCAUCUGGUCCUUGGCGCACACAGCCACCGCUGCGGCUGCCACAGCGUUGAGCCAGACUGAGUUUCCCUCUUGCAUGCUGAAACGUCAAGGUCCGGCAGGAGCAUCUGUGGCGCAGCCGGCUUCCUCGCCUGCAGUCCCAGCCCCUUCUGGGGCCCUGGAUAGGCACCAGGACUCGCCAGUAACUAGUCUCAGAAACUGGGUGGAUGGGGUAUUUCACGACCCCAUCCUUAGGCACAGCACUUUGAAUCAGGCCUGGGCCACCGCUAAGGGCGCACUUCUAGAUCCUGGCCCUCUAGGACGCUCUCUGGGGGCGGGCACCAAUGUACUGGCUACGCCCCUGGCUUGCUCCUUCCCGCCCACGGUUGCCCAAGACGUCCCAUCUGCGGGGGCCUCCCGGGAGCUGCUGGCUACACCCAAGGCCAGUGGCAAACCCUUCUGCACUUAACACCCACCUACACAGGUGGAGAAGGGAACUGGCGCUGACAAGGUGGUUUGCAGGUGCUGACUCUGGACUAUUUUUUAAUGGGUUUCCAAAAGAAGUAGGGCCUUUCCAACCCAAGAAUGCCAACACCCCUGAGACAGAGCAUCUGAACUCAGGCAGCAGGGCUAUGGAGGAACACCCUUGCAUUCUACUCCCAAGCUUCACCCGAUUUUGCGUCCACCUGAGCCAUCCCUGAACUCCAAAAGAACAAGGGAGCACUCUCACAGCAGAGGGGAGCCCGCUGAAGCAUAAAGUUUACUCUCAAAGUUUACAUGGCGAAAGCAUUUGGGUUCUGAGUCUCGUUUUGUGUCACUGUCACCUUCUGGAUUUGAGGCAUGCUGGUGUUCGUUAAGAAGACUCUUGAGCCUGCUUUUCUUCAGACUUCAUUCUCAGCACAUAGAGCUCGCCAGCGCCAGCACUCCCACCGAGUUCACACUAUUGCACACUCUUGACUCGUCAAAAUUAUGUUUUCUAAAAAUGUAUGCUCACACCAGUGGUUGCCUAUUUCUUCGGAGAGAGGCUAAUACAACAAAAACUAAUAAAUCCUUGUGUUUGCAUUGCAGAAGGAACACAUUUCACAGCUGGGAGUCUAUGGGUAUGGCUGGAAGCAGUGAUGCUGACCCCUCCCAGGAGAAGGAAGGAGGGGUGGGCUGACCCAGACUCCGCCCCAAUAAAAUAGUUGCCAAUCCAAG